AAGACUGUUUACCAACAAAAUGACUGAAUCCACUCCAACACUAGAACCAGUCAUCCUCAAUCAAAUCUUAUAUUGUAAAAUUUGCUCAUUUCCAAUCGAAUAUUGCGAAUUCGGAACAAGACUAUCAAAAUGUAAAACAUGGCUUUCAGAAACAAAUCCAAUUCAAUACAAACUGCUUUAUCCAGACCUAAUCGAAUUAGAAUCACAAUUAUCAAAUCUAUCUAUAGAAGAAAGAGAAAAGAGGUUAAAAGAAGUUGAGAAAUUAAAUAAAGAAGCCUUGAAGAAAGAAGUUAAAGAAGAAGCUAGAUUGGUUAGAUUAAAGGAAAAAACCUUGGCUUCUAAAGUGACUGUUAAGACGGUUGAAAGAACUAAGAGGAAACGCAUCACUACCGUUCAUGGACUUGAAGCUUUUGGUGUUGAUUUAAAGAAAUUAGCUAAGUUAUUUGCAUCUAAAUUUGCUACUGGAGCAUCAGUGACCAAAAACAAUCAAGGAGAAGAUGAGAUUGUAAUCCAAGGUGAUGUAUCUGAUGAAGUUUUAGAUUUGUUUGAAGAAACUACUGGAAAGUUUGCUGAUUUAAUUGGAAAUGGUAAAAUUCCUGAUGAAAAUAUUGUCUUUGUUGAUGAUACCAAAAAGAAAAAAUCUUAAUC